UCAGCGAGCUCUUCACUCAAAACAUGGCGCGGCGCUCUUGUGACGGGGAUAGUGACGACAGCUGUGUGAACUGCGGUAGGGUGUACAUGCAAGUAUUAAGUAAUGUGUUCCUUCUUCCCAUAGAGUAAGGACACAUUUGAGUAUCGAGUGAUGAUGUUGUACAAGGAAGCAGCUAGAGUAAUCAACCAAGUGAAGGGGAAACGGGGGACUAUUAAAUCGCUGGUCCAUUCCAGCGAAUGUAAGAAUGUCAAGCAGCUUUACGCCCUCGUCUGUGAGACUCUCAAGUACUCCAGCAUCAUAGACCAGAUCGCAGCCAGCACCAGGCUCCUUGAACAGGAGAGAUGGCUGGACGAGACCAUGGCCCAGGUCCUGCUCUACGAGUUGCUGUUUGGGAAAGGCAUCCAGUGUGGAGGAAGGUACCGCCUUGCCAUCAAUAAACACAAGUCUGCCCUCACGUCAGCGCUGGCCAGGAUCAAGGUGAAGAUGGGUGUGGUCGACAACCGGGAUCUGCUUCCGGACGUGGUGAAGAACGAAGUCAUCUUGCCACGCUAUGUGCGAGUUAACACUCUGAAGUCAACUGUGCACGACGUCAUUCAGAACUUCUUGGAGGAAGGCUACCACUGCAUCUUAACGAGAGAGCAGGCAAGCACGAAGAGACAGGAAGGACAAAGUGCCAAUGACAUCUGUGAGAUGCAGGCAGAUUUUGUGAAGACUUUGAAGCCUCGCCAGUUCAUGUGUGAUGUUCAUUUGGAGGACCUGCUAGUCUUUCCUCCAGCAACCGAUUUCCAUGACCACCACCUGUACAGGAGUGGAGCCAUUAUACUUCAAGACAAGGCCAGUUGUUUACCAGCUUCUGUGUUGGCCCCACCCCCUGAAAGUCACGUGAUCGAUGCCUGUGCUGCCCCUGGCAACAAGACCUCACAUUUGGCGGCCAUCUUGGAGAACACAGGGAAGGUGUUUGCUUUUGAUGUAGAUCCUAAGCGGGUUUCCACACUCUCUGCAAUGACGGCGGUGUCUGGUGCUACCAACUUGGAGAUCGCCAUCCAAGACUUUCUGAAGGUGAACCCCAGGGAGGAGAGAUUCUCCAAUGUCCGUUACAUUCUGGUCGAUCCCUCCUGUAGCGGCUCGGGAAUCGUCAGUCGGCUGGACCACCUGACCAACGACGGCCAGUCGAAUUCCACCGAGAGGCUGGAGGCAUUGGCCGCGGUCCAAGUCAAGUUGCUGAGCCACGCACUGUCGUUCCCACAUGUCAAGCGCGUGGCGUAUUCGACUUGCUCAGUCCACAGAGCAGAGAAUGAGGGCGUUGUCGCGGAAGCCCUGGCUGCAAACACAGAUUUCGAACUGGACCACCUCCUUCCCACGUGGAAGAACAGAGGCAUCAAAGUUGCAGACGAUAGUGCCUCCAGGGAAACAUCCCCCGAGAUUGGUGGCCUAGAUGUCAGUGCCUGCUUGCGCGCUGUCCCAAAAGAAGACCUCACAAACGGAUUCUUUGUAGCUGUUCUGCAGCGGAAAGGCCAGUCAACCCAACGAGAGCAAGCUAGGGAGGAUUCCAAGCCCGUCCGCAAUAGCACAUGCAGGAGUAGAAAGAACAGGAGUGGACAGAUUCAAACCACUACCAAUUGUCAACUCCCAAACAAGACUCUGACAAGUCAAGAAUUAGGGAACCAGGUCGACCAUGUAGAUGACGCCACAAAGUGCAACAGCAGGAAAAGAAGGAAACGGAAAAGAAUUCGAGCCAAAACAGAAGAACCACAUACUACAUGCAAAAAACUAACGGCGGAAGAUUCAGUUCAUGACUACAGUGUACAUGUAGGUCCUAAGAUUGACGAAAAUCACAAAAAACAAACAAAGCGCAAGAAAAAGAGAAGGAAAAUGAGUAGGAUUGAAAAGUCAGAGUAAAAUUACACAAAUGUGUGAAAAAGAAGAAAAAAAUUUGCUUGAAAUGAAGUUUUUUUUAAGUGGACUCCCUAGGCACUUGUACAUGUAACAAAAUCCCAUGUUUUUUACUUGUGAGCUCGAGAAAGCCCAUGUUAGCAUAAGCAAGAAAAUAUAACUUUAACUGUGAGAGUAACGUGGACGUAAACAUUUUUAAUGAGAAGGAGAUCUGUCGGCAAUGGGUUUUGACCAGGAGCAUUUUGAAUGAACGUCCAGUCAUGUUGGCCAUUCGCUCACCAGUGUAGGUACUUGUGUCAAAUUUAAUAACUGUGGGCUGUUGUUUGCGGUGUCCCUCCCAAUCCACUAGGCAGUCUGCAGAAGGUUUUUGUAAGAUUAUGGCAGAGAGAGUUUAACCACAAUACAUGUAUGUAUUUACAUGCUUUACACGAAGCCUCGACGCUCCUUGAAUGUUACCGCCAAAAUUUUAUUACUGGUGAUGUUGAAAACCCGACCUCCGACUUAUCAGCAAAAAUGUCAAGAAAAAUUCCAUCCACGAUGAGACGAAGGUCUCGGGAAAACCAAAAACAGCCACCAAAACCCCCUUGAUUAAAAAAAAGAGAGAGACUCAACAUUUUUACGAAGCCAGACUGUUGGACAAGUGGAACACUGUAGCCUCACUGAAUUGAAAGUGUUUCCAUUGUGGUUAAUUCUUUUUCAAAGGAUUUGGAGCAAAUAAAAGUAAACACAAGGAACUGCUAUGCUUUCAAACAUUUUGAUAUUUAAUCAACUUCUUUGAUGGGUAUCAAUUACCAUGAAACAUCGUACAUAGAAAUCCAUUGCGAAGAUGUAUCACUAGCGAUUCCCCUCAAAUUGAUCGUUUAAAAUUACCUGAAGUAGUUCAUAUUAUUAAGUUGUUA